CGCAGUCCGCUUUUAAAAGCCUGCCGCGCGCAGCCCGAAGUCAUUGCUACUUUUGUUGGGGAGUCCGUGAGCUGUAAAUCAUCCGCCAACCAUGGCAGUUCUGCAGGACUUCCAGACAUUUGUCUUCCUCGAUCUUGAAACCACCGGCUUGCCCCUUGACCAGCCUCGCUUGGCUGAGCUCUGCCUCUUUGCAGUGCACCGCCGUUCACUCCAGCGCCCUCACCUGCUAGCCACGCCCCAGCUACCCCGCAUCAUAGACAAGCUCACUCUCUGCGUUGAUCCCCAGAAGCCCUUCACCCUUGAAGCAGAGAGGAUUACUGGACUGAGCAACCAAAACCUGGAGGAGAAUUGCAAAGCAGGUUUCAACAGCGGUGUGGUGGAGAUCCUAAAAGGGUUUCUGCAGCGGCAAACAGGCCCAAUCUGCUUGGUGGCCCACAAUGGCCUUGGCUUUGACUUCCCCCUGCUUCGUGCAGAACUGUGGCGAGUGGACACUGACCUGCCCCUGAGCACCGGCUGCCUGGACACACUGCCAGCCUUGAAGGAGCUAGAAAGAUCUCCUGGCAUGAGCUACCGGCUUGGGGCACUGUUCGAACGUUUCUAUGGACGUGGGCCUAAUGGGGCCCACUCAGCUGAAGGUGAUGUGCUCACUCUUCUACAAGUGUUCCUUGCCAGAGCCCCUGAGCUAAUGACAUGGGCAGCUCGUAAUGCGCAUAGCUGGGGGGAGAUUCGGCCUAUGUACUCCCUCAGCCUAAGCAGAAGCAGGAACUAAUAGCAAGAAAGAUGACAUGACCUCUUUCCCCACAAGUGCACAUACACACAGAAUCAAACCUUGAAGUGUUGUCCUGUACACUUUUGUAACUGCUUUGAAAUAGCUUAGGGGUUUGGAGAAGCCAUCCUGGUUUCUGAUUUGAUCCUGGAAUGUCCUGCUUUUUCUUAAGAUGUCCCUGUUUUCAUUGGAGAAAUGUUGGAGGGUAUGGCAAAGGAGUGUUGUAAGGAUGAAAGGUACUAAAUAGAUAUUUGGUAGUAUAAUUUAGCAAUGAUGCUUCCCUGUUUCAGAUAGAAGGAUUCCCCAGGACAUGUUCUCCCUACUCCAGACAUGUUCUACUGCAGGGGUGGCCAACCUUUGGACUCCAUAAUUUCCAUCCAGCAUGGCCAACAGGGAUGAUAGAAAUUUGUGGUCCAGCAACAUCGGGGUGGAGUGAGGGACACAGGUUUCCUGUCCCUGGUCUAAAGAUACUUUGAUGCAGCCACGUUGAUAACAUUAGGCAGGGUUGGGGUCUGAUCAGUGCCUGGGUGGGAUACUGCUUGGAAGCCCAUGUAUGAUGCUCUGAACUCUGAGGCUGUAGUCUCAUACACACACUAUGGGGUUUUCUGAGCAGACAUGCCUCUGAUUGUACUGCCAAGGAAACAAGGGUUAUGAAUGUGAUAAAAUGAAUUAACAAGAAUAAUUUAUCCAAACUUUUUGUAGGGGAAUUCACUUUUAUUUGGGGGGGGGAUGAGGCACAACCUUCUCCCAUAUGUCUACAGUGAUACCUCCGGUUAUGAACUUAAUCUGUUCCAGAGGUCCAUUCAUAACUGGA